UGGGACUAGACCGCUUAGACCAAUUAGAAGCCUGUUUAACGUUCUCUUGGCGGCCAUAUUUCUUGUACCGUGGAGAAAAAAGGAAAUCAAACAGAAGUGGAUUGUGGCUAAAUUAUCGUAAUAAUUUUCUACUGAGUAGAAAAUGCCUCCGAUAGCAGAAGUACAACGUGAAACUGAGGAUGCCGUGGUUCAGGAGCAAAAAGAUGUAGCUCCUUCUAAGCCAACCAUUGGUAUUAUCUACCCACCUCCAGAACUAAGAAAUAUUGUUGACAAGACUGCCAGUUUUGUUGCUAGAAAUGGUCCUGAGUUUGAAGCUCGUAUUCGUCAGAAUGAAAUCAACAACCAAAAGUUCAAUUUUUUAAAUCCGGGAGAUCCAUACCAUGCCUAUUACCAACAUAAAGUAAAGGAAUUUAAAGAGGGGAAAGGAGCACCAGAGCCUGUACCAGCAACUCCAUUGAAGCCUACUCCAGCAGCUCCAGCUCCAAAACCUGAAGCUGUCAAAGCCCCUGAGCAAGCUGUUGUUCCAAAGGAACCUCCUCCAGAGUUUGAAUUUUGGGCAGAUCCACCAUCUAUUUCAGCAUUUGACCUAGAUGUUGUCAAAUUAACAGCACAGUUUGUGGCAAGAAAUGGACGACAGUUUUUGACUAACUUGAUGAACAGAGAACAACGAAAUUACCAGUUUGAUUUCUUGCGUCCUCAACAUAGCCUGUUUAAUUAUUUCACAAAGCUACUAGAACAAUACACAAAGAUUUUAAUCCCACACAAAACUUUGAUGUCAAAGUUAAAGAAUGAAGCUGAAUCACCAAAAUCUAUCUUGGAGCAAGUAAAAUAUAGGGUAGAGUGGACUAAGCACCAAGAAGAGCAGAAACGAAGAGAGGAAGAGGAAGCAGAAAGAGAACGGGUUCAGUAUGCUCAAAUAGACUGGCAUGAUUUUGUAGUAGUAGAGACGGUGGAUUAUCAACCCAAUGAGCAGGGUCUUUUUCCACCACCUACUACUCCUGAUGAAGUUGGAAAACGAGUGCUGGCUCAAGAACGUGGAGAAGAAGGGGAAGAAGUAGAAAUGGAAGUUGAGUCAGAAGAUGAAGAUGAAGGUGGAGAAAAGAAAGGUGACAGAGAAAAAGAAACUCCAACUGCUCCAUCCAAACCUGGGAUUGAUAAUACUCAGGUUCAAGAUAUGGAAGAAGGGUCAUCAUCAGAAGAUGAAUCUGAUGAGCGUCCCCAAAAACCUCCGAGUCCUCCUCCUCAACCCCCAAAGGAAGCACCACCUCUUCCCCCUCCCCUUCCUCCUCAACCUGGACAUGUGGUGGUUAGAAAAGAUUAUGACCCAAAAAGUGCAAAAGCCCAGAAAGCAGCCAGUGAUCAGUAUCUUAUUUCUCCAAUCACUGGUGAAAAAAUUCCUGCUGAUAAGUUGCAGGAUCAUGUAAGAAUUGGUUUACUGGAUCCACGCUGGGUUGAGCAACGAGAUCGCUCUGUGCAAGAAAAGUUGCAACAGGAAGAAGUGUAUGCAGCAGGGUCAGCUAUUGAAAGCAGUUUGAAACAGUUUGCUGAGAGACGAACAGAUAUCUUUGGUGUUGGGGUUGAGGAAACUGCUAUUGGUAAAAAGAUUGGUGAAGAAGAACAGAAAAAACCAGAGAAGGUAACUUGGGAUGGACACACAGCUAGCAUGGAGGCUGCUACUAGAGCUGCUCGAGCCAACAUUACCAUUGAGGAACAGAUUCAGCAAAUUCAUAAGAUUAAAGGAUUACUACCUGAUGAAGAAAAAGAGAAAAUUGGACCCUCUAAACCUCAAGACAAUGCACCACCUCUGCCUCCACUUCCACCCAAUCCACCUGUUUCCUCUAUGUCUUUAUCUUCUCAAGCUUCAGCCCUAAGACCACCUCCCCCUCCAUCAACUUCUGCUUCCCCAUCUUUGCCUAAACCUGUAGCUCCUAUCAACCAACCCCCAUCAACAUCAUCUGAUAAUCCUCCCAUGACUAUGAACACUCAAAGACCUCCCAUGCCACAUAUGCCCCUACCCCCACAACCUGGAGGACCAAUGAUGAUGCAUCCUCCACAGCCCAUGAUGGGUCCACCACCUCAAGGUCUCUUAAUGACUCCAAUUGGAGGACCUGGAGGACCCCCACCACAUCAUAUGGGUCCACCACCAAUGAUGGCUAUACAUCAACAGCAUUCUCUUGGUCCUGGUGGGCCUUUUGGACCUCCGGUGGGAAUGCCCCAACCUCCACCGCCAGAUAUGUCUAUGCAGAACUCCACUUUGAAACCCCUCUCCCAGAUGAAUGAGGAUGAAGAACCUCCUACUAAGAAACAAAAAACAGAAGAGUCACUGAUACCAGAAGAUGAGUUCCUUCAGAAAAAUAAGAGUCCAGUUUCUUUCAGAGUUCAACUUCCCAACAUUUCUGACAAAGCAGAAUGGAAGUUGAAUGGACAAAUUGUGACAUUGACAUUGCCUUUAACUGAUAUGGUUUCUGUUAUUAAGGCUAAAAUCCAUGAUGAAACUGGUAUGCCACCUGGAAAACAAAAACUGCAGUAUGAUGGCAUGUUCAUCAAAGAUUCCAACACUUUGGCAUUUUACAAUGUGUUACCUGGAGGAACUGUUGUGCUGCAGCUGAAGGAAAGAGGAGGAAGAAAGAAGUAAACGUGAAGGAGAGAAAGUAUGAAACAGUGUAAUUCUGGAGAAUUAGCUGCAACUUUGUAUUUGUUCAAAAUCUAAGAUCAA